UGACCUCGGUAAUUCCCAAACAGGAAGUCAUUGCGAAUGAUCGACAUCCUCAACCCAGCAUUGAAAUAGCAUCAUCUCCCGAGGAACUCGCAAACUCGUACAGAUUCAGAAACCACCGACGCAAGAUAACAUGCAACUCGCAAAGAAAGUCCAGCUCUCCGCCUGGGAGAAACUCGAUCUCUUCCCCGCCCUCGCCUCCAUCUGGUGGACGGUCUUCUAUGCGCUUCUCACGGGGCUGUGGCGAUCCGAGAAGCAGGCCAAAUCGUUGUUUCUGCAUGUGGGAUAUGCGGUGAUGAGAAGACUCACCAAGCGAUUGUCUCCAAAGCAGCUGCAAUAUGUAUCACCACCGACAAACAAAGUGUAUGAGCAGUACAUGAGCAAGACGAAGCAGUUGGCACAGUCUGUCGACAUUGGCGAGAAUGCCAUCGGUCACUGGAUUGGUGAUCGAAAGGCUGACCAUGUGCUCAUCUGGUAUCAUGGUGGAGGAUUCUCCCUCCCAGCCAACAUGGGCUACUAUCGCUUUUUCGCACAGUUAAUCGCCGCCGCUGCUGCUCAGAAUAAAUCGCUGGCUAUCUUCAACCUCACCUACACCCUCGCUCCCCACGGCACCUAUCCCACCCAGCUCCGUCAAGCAGUCGAGUGUCUUCGUUAUGUUAUUAACGAAAGCGUCACUCACACUCCAUCUAAGAUUCUGCUGGGUGGUGAUUCUGCCGGUGGAAACCUGGUUGGAGGAGUCCUCUCCCAUCUCGCUCAUCCUCAUCCGGAGAUCGAACCAUUGGUGCUCUCAGAGAAUCUUGCGGGAGCAGUGCUGAUUUCUCCCUGGACAUCUAUGGACACCGAGUUCCCUGACCAGGUGAUCUACUCGGGUGGUGAUUUGAUUACGGAGAGUGUUGCGAAGCCAUGGGCAGGUGCUUAUCUCGGUCCUACAAAGAGAGACAACUACACUGAUCUCUCGAUGGCUCCCUCGGAGUGGUACGCUGAUUUCCCGGUGGAUUCGGUUCUCGUAUCUGCUGGAGGGAACGAGAUCAUGUUGCCGAUCAUUGAGGAUUUUGUAGGCAAAUUCAAGGGUGGAUAUCCGGAGUUGGAGUUCUUUGUUGGAUAUCGAGAAUGCCAUGUUGCUCCGAUCUAUAAUUUGUAUUUGGGUGACAAGACGGAGACAGAGCAGGGGAGAAAGGUCAAAAGCUGGCUGGUAGAGCUGUUGUAAUUGUAGAUCUGUUGUAUAUUUCAUGUGGAC